ACAAUCAUACACGCGGGACGACACGAAGUAAAUGAGACUGAAAGAAACCAAGUAUAUGUUUGUAUUGAUAAUGUGUUAAAUCAUAAAGACAUCCAACAUAAUAUAUCUAAUUGGCUCGAAAUUACUUAUGAAAUUAAAACAUUACAAAAUCCGGACAAAAACUGUUGCAAAACAAACUUGUGUUUAUAUUUGCUUUGUGGUGCUAUCUGUCUUGCCCUGUUGGUGUUUCUUGCGCGUCCUCUUUUGCCGAAAACGCAGUUCGACGGAAUGACAGGAUGCUUAUCAGAGAGAAAUGGGUCAGCACAAGAAGUCUUUCCGCUGCUUGCAUAUUAUUCUGACCACCGAAAGUUGGUAGGACGUGAAUGGCUGUUCGACCUAAUCGAGAAACACGUGUACAAUGAUACUUCAGACAAGCACGGUAUACUGCUGGAGGCAGAAAUGGGUUACGGAAAAUCUGCAAUAGCGGCUCAUCUGAUUUGUGCAAAUGAAAGUGACCAGGGAGCAAGAAUAAGACAGGACUUGAUAGCUUUUCAUCUCUGUAAGUUUGAUGUUUUGUCUACUAAACUUCCAAGCGUAUUUCUUCGUCGCAUAUCAACAAUGAUUGCUAAUUACCAUGCAGAAUUCCCUACACAUUUAGGAAAAGAAAUUAUGUGGUUAAAUUAUUAUUCUGAUCAGAACUGUGAUAAUGAUGAAAAUGGUUGCUUUGACAGGUAUUUGUAUUUUCCUUUAAAAAAAUCCGAAGAACGGCCAAGUUUAACAAAAAUGAUACUAAUAGAUGCACUUGAUGAAUGUAAUAUGAGUGAAAGAAAUGAAAAUCUUAUUACGAAUAUGUUGUACAACAAUGCGCAUAAAUUUCCGCAGUGGAUUAAGUUUAUUAUUUUAAGUAGAAAACUACGUUCAAAUCAAAAGUUAGCAACAUAUUUCCAUAUCGUACAAUUACAUCAUCUCGAGAAACGUAACUUGAUGGACAUACGUUCUUAUUUGCUCGUGAACUACAAUGAAAGUUUUCCGGAAACGACCAACUUUUUAAUUGCAUCGUUAUUGAAAAGCAGUGAUACUAAAGAUUUAAAUUCAGUUAGUCUUAAAAGAUUUUACAAUCAUCAAUUUGAUCGAAUUUUUUCUGACACAUACGGUAAUUCAAAAGUUAUUUUUGAAAUUUUAUUUACAACAUUUUCCAAUAAAACCGUUGAAAACAUAGAAGACAUAUUUUCAUAUUUUAAAAAUGUAACCACUACAGAUUAUUUGAAGGAGGUAAAUAAAAUUAACAAUUUCGUUAACAUUGAUAAUGGUACAUUUGUUAUCCCUCAUUUUGCGGUAAUAAACUGGCUUACUGAUUUAGCGCCAGACCAUUACCGUAUAAACCUUAGUAUUGGUCACGAGGCAAAUGCACAGUACAUGUUGUCAUUAUUUGAAAAGGAGAAUACUGUCAUUGACAUUAUUAACCUUGUUGUUCAUAUUGAAAAAGCAAAUAAUCGACAGUUUUUAGAGGAUAGAUUUAGACGUCUUAGUUCAUCGCAAAUAAUUAACAAUGAGAGACAUUUUUAUGAGAGCGCUUUACUUCGACUUGUUAAACGUAAUGAUAUCAAUGUGAUACCAAACAUACUUUUUGAAAAAAUUGUAAAAGUAGACGAGACGAAUGAAGAAAAUGAAACAGCUUUGUUUUUAGCUGCCAAGUUUGGGCGAUACAUUUUUUUUAGUUCAUUAGCUCAGCACGGUGCAAAUAUUAACUUCCGAAAGCCUAUGUUCGAACAUUUAUUAGGUUUGCAUAUCGCGGUAGAUAUUUGCACAGAACUAAAAUAUUGGGGAUACAGUGUAUUAGACAUUGCUUCACAAAUGGGCCACACACACAUAGUUCAAUUUAUUUUAGAACAUCGAAAUUCGUUGUUUCAUGAAUUUGAUUUCAAAUCUCAAAACGGUUUAAAUAUAUCACCCGUUGAAUUAGCGUGUAAAUUUAAAAAGCUGAACGUUGUAAAAUUAUUAUAUAACAAUAGCUUUUCAGUUGAUUGGCUCUGUUUAUAUUAUGCUGCAUCAAACGGUGACAUAGAGCUUUCUAAAUAUUUGAUAGAAAUUGGUGUACGCGAUAGAUGUGUUGAAUGUUAUAAAGAACUGCGCUGGUUAAACGAGAAUAAUUAUCGCAUACAAGGAAAUAAAGUAAUUAAAGAUGGCUACAGUACAUUAUAUGAUGACUGGCAUCUUAUUGCAUGCGAAACCGCUAUGCAUGCCGCCAUUCGGAACAAUCACACGGCAAUAGUACAUCUACUGCUCACGACUUCCGAGACACAAACAUUAUAUUGCAUGGACAGAGGUGGACGACCACCUUUGUUAGCAGCUGUACAAUAUGGUAAUCAAGAGAUUAUUGAAACAAUAUAUAUUCAUGCAACUCAACCCGCAGAACAUUGUGGCUUUGUUGCACGAAUAGAAGAUGUAGCCCAACUCAACGAAUUUGAAAGAAAGCAAUUAGCACAGAUGACUUGUGAGGUUGGGCAAGGUGUGGAAGCUUUCGCCAUUAAGUACAAUCAUUCGUGGGUAAUAUCGUCUAAUAAAAGGAUUGGUAUUCUCAAACCUAAAUUUGCACAUUUAAAUUUUAGAGUAAGAGAUUCCACAGGUUGCUUCCAUCUUCAUAUCGCUGCUUGCAACGACAACACUGAGCUGUUAGAGUAUUUAAUAAUGGAGGAUAUCGACCACAGUACGUUUACAUGUGACAAUGGUUCCACGCCUCUGCAUUCUGCAAUACAAUGCAAGGCCGGAUCAGCGUUCAUCUGGCUAUUGUCAAAAAUGAACAUCUUUAAUUCAGUUUGGAAUUUCCGAAAAUUAAAGACGCUUGUUUGGUAUAUAAUGCAUUCAACUUUCAACGGGACAGUCAUACAAAAUAUUGAUAAUCUUCACACUUUGAAUAUUAUUACGAAACAUCUUCUCAAUGUCUCUUCUUUUAAUAGAAUCGAUGAGUUUGAUUCUUUUAACAGAACUAUUAUGUUUUACAUUUUAAAAUAUGGCCACGUCGAGUAUUUGUCUGAUUUGAUGGCUGAACGACCUGAUGAAACCGUUGAACUUCUCUUAAUGCGUGAUUUUUUUGGCAAUUCACCGCUUACGUAUGCUCUUCGGUCACUAUUGAAUCCGACACAUGUAAUAAUAGACGUACGAGAAUUCAUGCACCAACGAUUUAACGAUUCGGUAGAUGAAAUGCUGGUUCUUUCACCCACAGAAUAUGCUAUUGCUUCUACAUCAGUAUUUAUGUUAGAGCGUAAUCUUCUUACAAAAACUGAUAUUUUACGAGCUUUGAAGAUUAUUAUAAAAAAGAAGAACUUCAAUCUCGCUAGAUUUUUUAUAAAAAAUGUGUUUGCAUACAGUGAUGUUGUACAAACAAAAACGCUUCAGAUGUUUCUAAACCAUGACGAGUCAGCCCUCCUUACACUGAAUUAUUUACUUUUUAUAAACAAAAAUAUACUCCAAAAUAAUAUUACUGUGCAAAAAUCAGUGUUUCUCUGUUUAACUUGCAAGGAAAUGUUAUCAAGAUGCAUGAAUCAUAAAUUGGCAGAAAAGCAUUUACUAAUGCAGCAUUAUUUUAAGCAUAUUCUUGAGAUCCCAUCAUUUGAUGUGUUUACAGAAUUAAUUUUCAAUCCAGUCCUCAUGAAACGCGUGUCAUCAUGUGUUGACAAAAAGGGCCAUAAUUUGUUGGACAUCGCAAUUAUGACAGGAAAUACCAAUUUAUCUGUCUGGUUUUUAAAAAAAGGUUGGAAAAGCACCCUGUCCAUCACUGACAUAAUGCAUACAACAAUAUUUGGUGAAGGUACAACCUCAGAACUGACUCCUUUAAUAAUUACUGAACCAUUUUAUAUUAGUGAAUCGAACAAGAUCAUGAAGGUUUCUUUCUUUAACAGUACUAUACUAAGAAAGCAAUACGCGGAAAGCAGUAUUUACAACAUCACAGAACUUUCCUCAACAACUUUGAAACUGUUACAAAACAAAGUGAACUAUAAAAAGUUCACUACUUUAACAAUGUUGUAUUUUGAAAAAGAUGUCUUUCUUUCGGAACUUAUGAACAAUUCCCAAUUAAAUAUAUCUGUAAAUAGUAUAUGUCGUGUUAAUUCAUACAACUUUUCUCUUGCACAUUUGUUAGCAUUAAGUGGUUACACUUCAACGCUUAAAGUUCUUGUGCGGUUGUUUGGACGAGAUAUUCUAAAUUGUUCAAAUAAGCACAAGUUCACGCCUUUGUAUAUGGCUGGAGUCUUUGGCAUGCAAGAAACAUAGGAUUACAUACGAGAAAACACAGAAGAGGCAAAUAGUAUCAGGCCACGAUUAUAUGCUAAUCGCUUGUUUUUGGGAAGCAUACACACUAAAUUCAUGUUUGUUAAACAUCCGAAUUUGCUUUGCCUUACUGAAUACUUAAGAAAAACACCCGAUUCAGUAGACUUCAGGACACAUUAUAAAGCGCUUCAAUGUAUUCAAAAAAACGCAGAUUUUAUAAAGCAUUCAUUAUAUGUUCGGCUGCGAAGAACAUACAGAACCGUUUUAAGUUUAAUGUCUAAUGCCCGUUUGUUAAUGCUUGUUACUCAGCAUGCGGAUACGUUGCUACGUAAAGGUGAUAUGCUCUAUAUCAAUAAUGUAACGUCUGGGAUGUCUGUGGAAACUGAUUUUCACUGUAAGUACCGUAAAACACUGUGUCUCGAUAUCAUACGAUUUCUUAAAGCGAAAUUGCGCAAAUGUUCCACUCGCUGCAUACGAAAACGCUGCGGGGGUAACAAAGUAACAAUAAAUAAAUUUCUACAAUUUGCACACGUUUUAAUAAGUUCUAUUUCUGCCCAAGACGCCUGUCACGUUUGUCCGUAUUCUCCGUUUUCAAUGUGUUUAUUUGCCAUUCGAAAUUUGCAAUAUUACUUGUCCGAUGCUAUUUUGAAAGCUAUGGAAAACAACUAUCUUGUUUUAAUGGAUCAAAACAAUAAACAUAUAGUUUUUAAUUAUGAAGAAUACUUGCAGUCAUUACGGACACAAGGAAAACGGUUUCAAUACAUGGAACAAGUCAGUCGCCUGCAUGUUUUUUCAGAUUAUGAAUACAGGCAAGCAACUGGUAAUGAAACUUUAAAUGCAUUGAAUGCCUAUGUUAAGAGUAAAAGCAUUUUGUUUGCACAUUUAAAUAAUAUUAUUUUAUUUCAAAGUUUCAAUGCAUCAUUUAAUCGAGAGAAUUAAAAAUUAAAAAAAGAUUUCGAGUGCGUAAUUAUUUACAUUCAUUACUUUAAAAAAAUACUUUGAGAAUGCUACUGUUCAUUUUUCUAUUUGGACAUUUUUUAUUUAAUAAAAUGUAUUUAUUCAAAUUUUGUUAUUCAUGAGUUCAUUUAUUAAAUUUAUCAAUUUAUGAAUAAUAAUAUCAUAUCAGCAGAUAGUUUUUUGAAAUAUGUAAAGAAAUGAAACUUUAAUUAUAUUAUUUUUAAAAUAUUUUCUGCGUGUAAGACAUAUUGCUUAUUACUUUUGUGCAGAAAAGUGUGUGUUUGCUAAAGCAAUAUUUUGACUUUGUAUUUAUUUUGUGAUGCUUAUUGUAUGAUUAUGACUUUGAACGUUUUUAUCGCAUAAUUAUUAUACAUAAAAAUUAUAGUUUGUAUUUUUUGAAUUAUACAAAACUGCAUACAACAUAAUAUACAUUAAAAAUAUUCAUGCAUGUACUAUUCUUAUUUAAAUUGAUUUCGUUUGUCAUUUUAGUUAGUUAAUAAGAUGAUAAUACAGCAGAGUUCGAUAAGUACUUGCUUUGUCCUCAGCGCCUGUGUUGGUUCAGGUUUCUGGUCGACAUGUUUGUGGUACACUAUAACGAAGACAAUAUAUUGCUUUACAGUCACCAAAAGAAUUUUUGAGAAAAAAACAAUUUCGAUAACAUAAUGUCAUGUUCUUUAUUUCUUUAGAAAUUUUCAGUUUAUUCAAUAGUACACAGGGCAAAAGGAUUACUUAUCAUAAUUGAAACGCGCUUUUAUUAAAAUGAUUAUUGACGAAUUUAGUAUUAAACCAACAGUUAAAGUUCAUUUGGUCGGUAUGGUACUGGUACAUACAUGUGUUCAUUCUUUGCGUUUUAUAUAAUUAAUUCAUCUACGACCUACGUAAAUAUACCAUUCAGUGUACUAGCUCUCGUUCGAAUCUGUAAUAUAAAAUAUAGGACAUCGACCUUCAGAGCUGAAUGUACUGUUAUCUUUUGAAACCAUGUAAAUUCGUUGCUUAUUAAAUUUGCAUGAGCUCAAUUUUAAUGUUUUAUCCGUAUGUUUAAUGAAUACAAAUAAUUUGUGCUUAAGACUUUCGUUAUAAUGUUGUUUUUAUGUAAUUAUAAGUCUAUGUUUCUAUUUUGUAUGUUAUUUGUUGUGAAUCGAAAUAUUAAUAAUUAUUGAAAUCACUCUGUAUUUAAUUUAAAAAAAUCAUAAUAUUUAUGGCAUUUUUUAUAAAUGA